AAAUAAUCUCCCCUUCGUUCAAUUUUGAGUUUGCAUCUUUCUGGUCUCUGCAAUGGCCGGGAAACAAGUCAGCGGCGGCGGCGGCGGCGGCGGUGAGGGGUUAACGGCGAACCUCGCCGGAAUGUCAAAGAAUCAGCUCUACGAUAUCAUGUCUCAGAUGAAGAAUCUCAUCGAACAGAAUCAACAACAAGCGAGGCAGAUCCUCAUCCAGAACCCUAUGUUAACCAAAGCGCUUUUCCAGGCACAAAUUAUGCUUGGAAUGGUGCAAUCACCUCAAGUGGUUCCAAAAGUUCAGCCGAUGGUUCCACAGAACAAUCAGUCAGUACAGUCAGCACAACCGCCUAAAGUUCAGCCUGUUCCAUUAUUGCCUGGGCAAGGUGGUGCACAGGAUCAAGCUGGUGUAUCUCAAACCCAAAUUCCUCUGAGGAAACACCAAAACCAACCUUCAGUUCCAGUUUCUUAUGCCGCUACUCCUGCAAUGAGUCAUCAAUCUCCGCCCAUGGCUGGACAUUCUUUGCAGAUGCCACAACAGCCUAAAGGACAUCUAGCACCCCAAGCAGCUCCGGCUUCUCUUCCACAAUCUUCACAACUUCCAAACAUUCCUCCACCUUCUCUUCAUUCAUCAUCACAGCCACAUCAUCCAACUCAAAUGCAAACUGCAUCAAGUCAGUUGCAGCAACCAUUGCAGGCACCUGGAUUUCCACAUAUGCCUUUGCAACCACCUCUGCCACCACAGCUCAGACCACCUUCAGCGUCGUCCUUCCAUCCCCAGUAUCCCCCACAAAUGGGGUCCAAUUUAGGUUUUCAACACGCUGGUGCUUCUCACAAUCUUCAGCAAUCUAUGUUUCAUCCAGGUGCAAAACCUCCUGCUAGUGUUGGAUCCGCGUUCACCCAAGGGCAACCUCCACUUCCAAGUCAGCAAUCAUCUCAGUCACCUUAUCCGGUUGGAAAUAUGCCUUUUGGGCAUGAUUUUGGCAAUCAAGGUGGAAAUGCAAUGCAAGUUGAUAGAGUGUCUAGGAUGCAUGGUGGUCACUCAGAAAACUUAGCACAGCUCUCUGGUCCUCUGGGGCCACCAUCUUUAGUUUCUGGUCAGAUGGGUGCUGCUAAUCAGCCUCUUCGGCCUCCUGGGUUGACACCAGAUAUGGAGAAGGCACUGCUUCAGCAGGUCAUGAGUCUCACGCCCGAGCAGAUAAAUCACCUGCCCCCAGAACAAAGAAAUCAAGUGCUGCAGCUGCAACAGAUGUUGCGUCAAUGAUGCAAUGUGUAUAUUAUAAACUAAGAAAGUUAGGCAUGCUUAAUCCUUCCAAUUUAGCAUAAGGUUAUUAUUCUUUUACGAUGAGGUUUUGUGGAAGUUGAUACAGAAUUCUUGUGUAACAAAUUGUAGACCUUUAUUAUUAUUGUUGAUUUUGGCACCAAUUAAAUCAUAUAGGCCUUUGUUCUA